AUCUCAUUUCUAAACAAAGUCGAUUCUGAAUCGCAAAAAAAUCACCUCAUAUCACGAUUAAAAAGUAAAUAAAUAGCGAGAAAGUGCAACUUGAUCAUUAAUUGACUUUCCGACGUUCUUGUGACAAGUUAGUUUUCGUAAAAAUAUUAAAAAUUUGUGAAAAAAAAUUAAAAUUAAACAAUGACCGAAGUUUUAAAUGGAAACGGAGUUUCUCCACUAAAAGUUAAUGGAAUUUUGAAUGGGCAUCCCGAGCAGAAUGGACAUGAAGAAAAAAAGGAACAUGACGAGAAGCAAUAUUUGGAUUUGAUUCGUCACAUCAUCGCAAAGGGAGUAAGACGCGGCGAUCGUACCGGAGUCGGAACUUUGUCGAUUUUUGGUGCCCAAAUGCGUUUCAAUUUGCGCGAAAGUUUCCCACUUUUGACAACGAAACGAGUUUUCUGGCGUGCCGUUGCUGAGGAGCUCUUGUGGUUCAUUCGUGGCUCGACAAAUGCCAAAGAAUUGCAGGACAAAAAUAUCCACAUUUGGGACGGAAACAGCACGCGCGAAUUUUUGGACGGAAUGGGAUUCACGGAUCGCGAAGAAGGAGAUUUGGGUCCCGUUUACGGAUUCCAAUGGCGACACUUUGGCGCCGAAUACAAAACAUGCCACGACGAUUACACCGGACAAGGCAUCGAUCAGCUGGAAGAAGUUAUCAAUACGAUUAAAACGCGUCCCUGCGAUCGUCGUAUCAUCAUGAGUGCCUGGAAUGCCAUCGAUAUCCCGAAAAUGGCACUGCCCCCAUGUCAUUGUCUCGUGCAGUUCUAUGUCGCUAAUGGCGAGCUUUCGUGCAUGUUGUACCAAAGAUCAGCUGAUAUGGGACUCGGAGUGCCUUUCAAUAUUGCCAGUUAUGCACUUUUGACCUACAUGAUUGCUCAUAUUUGUGGAUUGAAGCCUGGAGACUUCAUUCAUACAACAGGCGACACCCAUGUCUAUUUGAAUCACGUUGAGCCAUUGAAAGAGCAACUCGCACGUGAACCAAGACCAUUCCCAACGCUAAAAAUUAAACGAAAGGUCACCAAUAUCGAUGAUUUUAAAUUCGAGGACUUUGAAAUCGAAAAUUAUCAACCUUAUCCAAAGAUUAACAUGGAAAUGGCUGUUUGAGCAGAAGUUCCUUCAAAGCAUCACAUUGUAUUCCACAUUUAAAUAGUAUUUAAGAACAGGUUUCAUCGCAUUUAGAGCUUAGAUUCAAUACAAAUAAUCGAGUAUUUUGGCCCGAAAAAAGUUUUGACAGAAAAAAUUUAUUAAAAAAAUGUCAAAAUUUUACAAAAUUUUAAUUUUUAAAAUUUUUAGGUUUAAAUUACUUUAAAAAUGGAAAUUUUUAGUAUUUAAAACUUAAAAUUUGGUCAAAACGCUGAAAAAAAUUUAAAUAAAUAUGUUAAAAUAAAUGUUAAUUUGUAUUAUUUUUAGCAUAAAAUUACUUUAA